UCCCAUCAUCAUCAGUCCGCCGCUCGCAACUUUCUCUCUCUCUCUCUCGCUCUCUCUCCUCCCCCAUCCCCUGAUAUAUGAUGUCAUGUAAGGACGAGGGUGGCUUCUGAGGUGAGAUAGGGAUUUUGGUGAGUGGCAUUCUCCACGACCCGAGGCUUCGGAGCUGCAAAACAUGGUCAUCACCACCUUCUUCACCUCAAGUCGUGUCUCCGCGCUCUCUCCCCGUUCUUCCGCCGCUCUCAUCUCGGGCCACCGUCGCAUGCCCGAAGUCCUGACCUGCCUCGCUAAAUUAAGCCUGCACCACCAUGCCGAGGGAAGAAAAACUAGAAGAGGGGUAUUUUUAGUGCCAUUAAUUUUGACCACGUGCCCCGAAGGUAAACCCGAUGGCCACUGCGCAGAGGCUCCUCAUCAGUAUGUCCUGCGAGGCCAACGCGCAACACUGGCCAAGGACUGCCGUUCUGCUCUUGGGAUUGCUCCUAGUUGGGAUUGUGUCCUCCAGUCCGCUUCCGAGUAGGACUAAUAGGACAACUUUACUGGAGAAGCGAUGGGAGAGCCUCUUCUCCCGCUCCGUGCUGGGGAUCUCUGGAGAGAGACCAGAGGCGAACUGGGAGAAUGACUAUUUGCUGGGCAUCAAAAGAGUGCGGAGGCUGUACUGCAAUAUAGGCAUCGGGUUUCAUCUUCAGGUCCUCCCAGACGGCAAGAUAAACGGUGUACAUAAUGAGAACCAGUACAGUCUCAUAGAGAUCUCCACUGUGGCCAGAGGAGUGGUUAGCCUGUACGGUGUGAAAAGCAAGCUGUUUGUCGCAAUGAAUAACAGAGGAAGGCUGUACGGAACGGCUACCUUUAAAGACGAAUGCAAGUUCAAGGAGACCCUGCUGCCAAAUAACUACAAUGCCUACGAGUCCUCCGUUUACAAGGGAUUCUAUGUCGCUCUCAACAAACACGGCCGAGUGAAGCGAGGCAACAAGGCCACCACCGCCAUGACGGUCACCCACUUCCUCCCUCGAAUAUGAGCAGACUCUUGCAAUAAUUCUUCAUUUGCACUGAUCUCCCCGAGAGAUCUGAAAACUGACACACAAACAUACAAGGAACUGCAAGAAUAUCACCAAAAUAGUACUUCCUUUUUUAUAUGUAUAUUUGGAUAGGUCAGCUUUUUAUUAGGAUCUCUGAAUAUGCUAUCCGUCGCUGCUUACUUCUUUUAUUUAUAUAUAUUAUUGGUUAUGGAUGUGGAGGCUCUCCCAGCCUUCCUUUCUGUAAUCAGGUGCUUGCCAAGAAUCAAACAGACUCUAGGAUGGAUGAUGGAAGUCCUCCUCAGCUUUUUAUAGUGAAAUUAUGUUUUUUAUUACCUCAAAGAGCUACCUAGAUGGUUUAGAAGGAUGCAUGAAGUUACGCUUGUUAUUUUUAGUUCUGUCUGAGCCGAUACAAGCAUAACGAGUCUUUAUUUUUUUUAUUUUACUUUCUGUUUUUCUCAUGCUGUGGGGUUGUGUGAGCACUUAAAAGAAAGCAGAUCUCUCUUGCUGCAUGUCGCACUGAGGUGCCUUGGCAUUCCCGCACACCGCCCCUUUAACAUGCAUGCUCUGAACGCCCCGGGGUGUCAGAAAUAGGGCUGAUAUGUUAGCCAGGGCCCCGCGGGGACUGUCCCACAAGGGCCCCAGAGAGGGGCGAGGGGGAUGGGUGUGCAUCUCUGCUUUAUUUUACGUUUCUCUAAUUAGAGAACGCCGUAUGAGACGCGAGAGCGGCUCGUAAACACUGAUCAUAUCUGGCCUUCGGCAUCAUCUGCUGUCGACUCAGAAAUGAGGUGUAACUUUAGCCCCUUUCACUGGUAAUCCCAGUAAAUUGCCAUAAAAAUGACCAGAAUGACUUUUCCAGUACGCAAUGGCUUUGUACUGCUAAGAGACCAUUCAUGCAUCAGUACCAAAAUACCGGUAAACUCUGUGAU